AUGCUGUCCUUAGCGUUUUUGUUAUUAUGUGUCCCUGUCUGGACCUUGGAUCUUGCAAAUGGCUUCCUCAGUAUUGAUGGUGCGGCCGUCUCAUUUGAUGGUUUCCCAAUUGGCUUAGAAUCUACUAGUAAAUCCAUCGAAAUUCAGUUUGAUAUUCUAGACAAGGGUGAGAAGCUGAAAAGCCCUCCCCAGCAAGUGAGCAUCCUAUUGACAGCUGGUGAUGUUGACUCAUACUACUACCCAAAAAUCAAAGAUUCCCAGGCUAAGCUGGAUAUCCCAGUGAGCAAACUGUCCAAGUAUAUUAAACAAAGUCCCCAAAUCGAUGUUAGCGUUUUGAUUGGAGAUAACGUUAAGGAAUAUAAUCUAUUCCGUAAAGUUGGACAAAUACACUCGAAUCUACGCUCGAGUUCCAAGCCUGAGCGCUUUGGCAGAAAACCAGAAAUAAUACACCAGUUCAAGAGCCCUCAAAAAUACGUCAACCCAAUCAUCUCUAUAUUUUUCAUCGGUGGUGUCGUUGCUUUGCUGGCGGCGCUGUUCAUCACAUGGAACCGGCUUGAUGCGGUGAAUUUUGACAACAUUGGCAAACUGCCUUGCGGAUACACUAUCCAGUUUUUCGUGUGUUUGGCAUUGCUUGAAAACAUCUUCAUCCACUACUUCUUAAGCGCAUCAAUUUUUACUACCAUCUACAGAACUUUGAUAGUGGCUCCUGUGGGUGUCUAUGUUGGUUCCAAAGUCCUGAGAGAGCUGCAUCAGCUUCGCCAAGCAGGCAAAAGAUGA